CUAUCAGUUACAAGCGUCAGUAUGUUUGCCGUUUUCCGUAAGUACGUUUGCCGUUUUAUUUUGUAAUGUAUCCCGUGCAUUUCCCGUCCUGACAGUGGAGCCUCCACCGGAAGCAGCCUGAUGGUGGAGGUCUGCAGCCAGGUGCCUCUCAACAAAACCAGCUAUUUAUUCUCAUAUAAAAACGCUCUUACAUUGAUACGUCAGAUCUUUACAGCUGUGUUUCUGUGAAAAGUAAAAAAUAUGAUCUGACUUUUUGCCAUUGUUAAUAGAUCUCGGAACAACUUCAAGGCAACGGAAGUGAGUUCCCAUUGGAUUGAUAAGCUAAUGGUUAGUCUACCCCUUGAUUAUUGCAGCCAAUUUAAAAAUGACUUGAUUUCAUAAAACUUUAGGUUUUUGCAUUUCCAUUGAACACUUGUGUAGUGGGAAAUUUACACAUGUGUAAAAUAGGCUGUUGCCACCCAAUCCCUGGACUGGCUGCUUUAAGGGGAGGAGCUCCGGUAUGCGAAAGGUCUCGGAGUCUAGCAGCUGCCCCUCUAGCACCAAUAGGUGAGGGGUUGUUUUUCUUGACACCUAACACUGACAGAAAAUGUUUUUUUUUUUCAUGUUUGGAGUGUUUAUUGAGGCAGUAGAGACCCACAUGGCAGUAUAAAGGAUGCCAGCAACCCACUUUAGUUUUUCUAAGGCUUACCAUUAGCAAAAUUCCCCACACUAGGCCAUGCCACUCUGUGCCUCCUGGCAACGCCCACUUUCAUAACAUUUUUUCGAAUCUUGACCAGGAGUGGAGGACCACCUUGCCUGCUGGUGGUGAUCGGAGAGACCGGUGGCGCCUGUGCUCAGCAACCUCGCCUCUGUCAGUGCGCCCGAGGGCAGCUGUGGCUACAUUGUAGCUCAUCACCACCAGUGUGUGAAUGGAUGAAUGAUACACUGUAGUGUAAAGCGCUUUGGAGUCCUUACUCUGAGAGGCGCUAUACAAGUACGGGUCAUUUACCAUUUACAUUUUCUGAUGGGGUGCAGUCCCUCUUUAAACAAACGGAGCAACAUUUUUUGUGUGAUAUGCUUGUCAGCCACUAGAUGGUGGCGUUGGAUAAGAUAAAUACUCAGGAAAGACGCUUUAAGCGUUAAAGGGGCCAUGUCCGCUUUUUGGAGCUUUUUAGCAUGUAAUAUUGUUUUUUUCUCAUGAAAAAUCCCCCCAACCCGUUUUUUUUUUUUGGCAUUUAACUGUUUCAGCUGCAAAUUUUGUAUAUUAUUUUGAAAUUCCUGAAAUGGCCUAAUAAGUUGUACAUCACUCCAUCUUCCUUCUCCCAACACCAGACCCUGCUCCAGACACUCUCAGCAGCAACUCUUUUUCAUCCUUCUUUUAGAUACACUUGUAUUAUUACAGUAUUAUAUUUUCAACCCGUUAUAGGCAAACAGUUUAAAAUGUAAGACUUUUUUUUUGUUUAUCUAGUCAGUGUGAGUCCAUGUGAGGUGGGCAGAGUAAAUCAACUAAAAUGCUGCUUGGAAAUGACUAAAUUCAAAGAUCUUUAGACUCGCAAAAUGUUUUUGGGAAAAUAAUAAAAAAAAAACUAAAAUAUAAAAGAAUAAAAUCAGCUUCAGCUGCUGACAACACCGAGAUUUGAAACCACAUGAGCACAUGACAAAACUGAGACAGCAGGCAGGACUACCAUAGCCAACAUGGAGGUCAGUGUGCCUAAGACGCUGUUGUUGGCACGUUUCAUAAGAGCAGGUGUGGGCGGAGCUUCACUGAAAUGAAGCAUUUUAUUUCAGGUAUAAAUUCAGACUGACAAAUAAGUCACAUUUAAGAUAAAUUACAUCUCAGUAGUGCCAACUGUGACGUUUUAUCAUACUGUGCCUACCAUUGCUCUCAAAUGUUUAAAAUAGCAUGAUCUGGAUCUUUUAAAACCAUUAAAAUGUACUGUUAAGAACUAUGCUAGGUUUUGUGAAAAAAUCAGCUUCCUCUUGUUUUUCCUAACAAACUGCUACCAUUUCUUCAGUAGAUCUACUUUUAUGUGUUUUGUUGACUUUUAAAUCAACAUUAACUAUAAAAGAGCAGAAUUACUGAAUGCUACUUUUUCACUUGAGUUUCUCCAAAUGUCCAUCUAGUAAGUUUUUCACCCACUUGAGAAAUGACUUCACUGUAACCCAAGCAUGACCUUUUAUUAUUACUUAAAAUCCUCCUGUUGACUCGACCUGGCUGAGUGUCUGUAAAGAGUUUGUAUCUUAAACACACCAACACAGUCUCCAAGGUCAGCAUCUUCUCCCUUCAAACUAAAAUAGAACCGCCUCCUUGACUUGUUGAGCAUUAUCCCCAUCUAAGUACCUUUAACUUGACUCUGUCAGCCUGAUAGACGAGAUAGUUCUUAAGUGAAGCCGCUGCAGCAGCAGUUGGGGCAAACCUCUCGGAUGGAAGCGCUGACAUUGACAGAUGGGUGCAAUUGAUGUACAGUGCGGCCUAAUUAGCGGCAAUGAUGAUGCACCUGGCUGGUCCUAAUGUCAUCACAUAGAUGUCAGUCAUUAUUAACAUCGACCUUGAUGUUUUAAGUCUCUAAGGUCUUCUGUCCCUCUGACUUUGAGAUUCCUGGUGAAUUUAACCCUCAGCAUUACUGUCUGUCAUUGGAGAAAAUGUUCCGUCACACAUCACACAAUCGGGUCAUGGCUGUCUUGUCACUGCUGAUUCACUGAGGUGGACACUUUCCCCUUAAUUCUCCUUUAUUUCACUCCUCCUCCUUCUCUUCUGCUCGGGCCAAUCAGGCCACACCUCCAUAGCAACCGUCAGCGAGGGUAAAACAUCCACAGAUGGUGUUGAGUAGAGCGUGAGCAGCAGGCGCACUACGAGAUCCAGUGUGAGGGGGUGUGCGUUUGUUUGUGUGUCUGCUGGAGAGAGCGAGAGACCCGCCGUGCUGCGAAGCCAACAGGGUAGUCUGUAGUAGUGCAGAAGGAGGAGGAGGAGGAGGAGGAGAAGAGGUAUUUGCACAAAGGAGUUGCGGGAAAAGUGUCAAAAGAAAGUGAGAGGAAACAAAAAGGAGAGGUGACCCUAUCAUCCAAAGAAAACAGCUGGGAAGCAAAUAUUAAUGACCUGAUAAAAAGAGCACCCAUCGUCCCCGUGGAGCCAUCAAGACUCUGCUGUCCACUCGCUGAUGAGCAUCACUCCACCAGCUGACACAGCCACAGGUGCGGAGGAGAGAAGAGGACAUCCCAUCCAACUGAAGUCUUCCCUGGAUUAUUUUCUGUUUCUAACUUUUUAAGUCCCGCUUCUUGCGUGCUGACGCCUUCAAGCUUCCCCAAAGAUGAGCUGCAGGAAACGGUGCAAGCGAGAGAUCUUCAAGUUCGCACAGUACCUGUUCAGACUCAUCACGGGCACGCUCAAUACCGAUAGCGUUGAGGAUGAGCUCGAGCUAUCUGCAGUCCGUCAUCGCCCAGAAGGCCUUGAGCAGCUUGAAGCCCAGACACGGUUCUCCCGUAAGGAGCUACAGAUCCUAUACCGAGGAUUCAAGAAUGAAUGUCCCAGUGGAGUCGUCAAUGAAGAAACCUUUAAAGACAUCUACGCACAGUUCUUCCCACAAGGAGAUGCCUCAACAUACGCGCACUUCCUGUUCAAUGCUUUUGACAAUGAUCACAACGGUUCUGUAAGUUUUGAGGAUUUUGUUAUGGGGCUUUCGAUCCUCCUGAGAGGCACCGUGCAGGAAAAACUCAUCUGGGCUUUCAACCUUUACGAUAUCAAUAAAGAUGGAUACAUCACUAAAGAGGAAAUGCUGGAUAUCAUGAAGGCCAUCUAUGAUAUGAUGGGUAAAUGCACGUACCCCGUCUUGAAAGAGGAGACACCUCGUCAGCACGUAGAAGUGUUCUUCCAGAAGAUGGAUAAAAAUAAAGAUGGGGUGGUAACCAUAGACGAGUUCAUUGACUGUUGCCAAAAUGAUGAAAACAUCAUGCGAUCAAUGCACCUCUUUGAAAAUGUUCUCUAACUUCUGGCUGCCUGUGGAAGCUUUUGGAGGACAAUGUUGUCUUUAGCAUGGCCCAAUUACUGACUUGGACUCAUUCUUUGUACAGUGUGCUAUGCAGACUUUCGACCAUAGAUUUAAAUAUUGUUCAUUACUGCAGGCCACAAUUAGGAAUAGGCUGCAUGGUGGGAACACUCUGGAAAGAACAGCUUUUUAAUCAGACCAAAACAAAACUACAGCUGAAACAAACACAAAUAAAGAAGGAAACCAUUAUGUUCAAGCCACAGAUUGAUCCUCACGGUUCGUACUUGAGAAAACUUAAUGGGAUAAAAAAAAGUUGUAUUUACUGCCAAGUAAAAUCACUGUGACUCAAAAAUAGUUCAUAUGAGAUCUGAUGUAACCUUUUCUUCUUUUUUUUCAAUUCCAGAAUGUUCCCAUCAACUGAGGGUCUGAUUUAGCUCUUUGAAGGAAGGAUUUAGAGAGAAAAAAAAUGGGGGGGGGGGCAUAUGUUGUACCAUUUUGAAUUGUGUAUAUACAAAACGUAAAACACUAGAUGACAAUUCUAUUUAACAAACUUUUGAAACUUUAUUCAUGUUUAGUUGCCAACUAGACAACACAAGGAUUGUAUUGAUGUCAAAUCUGGACCAUCAAAGCAGCGGUAUAAUCUGAAAACGGAGCCCGCCAAGGGUCCGGGAGGUGAAGUAAAAAUACAGUUGUUAAAAUAUGUUCCCACAGUUUAGGGAGCAGUAAACAUGAAUUUGCCGGGAACGUCGUGGUUAUGUGUAGAAGGUGUGUAGAGCUUGGGUUUCAGGAUGGAUUUGGGGGUGGUAGAUCUGAAAAUUGUCGCAAAAAUGUUGCAAAUACAGAUUUUGAGGGAUUUUAACUUUUAAGUUUUUUUAUUUUUAAGUUGGUAUAUUUUCUCUUAGUUUUGUGUCUCAAACUGUUCGCAGACUGUCUUGAUACUGACUUAAAUACAACCUGAGAUAGAAAAAUAGAUCAGAUGUUUAUCAGUCAGACAUUUUUGUCAGGCUGCAUGGUAUUAUAGGUGGUACUACCAAUAUGGUAGCACCGUUACCUUGCAGGAAGAAAGUUAAAGUCCCAUUAGUUAUCACAAACUGGUGAAAUUACAUCUCUGCAUUUGACCCAUCCCCAUGGGGAGCAGAGAGCUGCAGUAGUGGCUGCACUCGGGAUCUAUUGGUUUAACCCUCCAAUCCAACCAAGCUGCGUGUCAAGCAGUGGGUCCCAUUUUUAAAGUCUUUGGUAUGACCUGACUGAGAUUUGAACCCUGAUCUACCAGUCUCAGCGUGGACACUCUACCACUAGGCCACUGGUCAAAAUCCCAGCCAUGGCCUUUUUGCAGAGUUAGCAUGUUCUAACCAUGCAUGAUUUUCUCCGGAUAAUCCAGUUUUCUCUCUCAGACCAAAAAUGUUUGGUUAAGUGGCGACACUAAAUUGUCCAUAGGAGUGAGGAUGUGCCUGGUUGCUUAUCUCGUUCUGUUUAUGCAUACCUGUGAUCCAAAAUGUCCCCCACCUUUCACCCAAUGACCGCUGUAGCUAGGCACCUGCUCUCUUCAACCCUAUUGACAAAUAAGUGACUCAAAUAAUCAGUGAAUGAAUAAUUGUUUCAUUUCAGCAGUUAAACUAUGAAUUUGCUCAUUCGGAUAAUAUUUUAUGUUUUUUUCAUCUGAUAGGGUCAGCAUAUGCCGCGAUAUGUAAACAUCAGUGUUUGAGGUAAGCGUUAUUGAGAACAACCCCAGUGUCUCUAAAUUGGAUGGUACCUGUCCAAAUAGCAGAUAAAGUCUGUCCAACAGGAGAAGAGUAUCCGCUACAGUCACAGGACUUUUCCAGGAAACCUCAAACACUGCUUGAUGUUUGUUGUAGGUUGUCUUUGGUCGUGAGAGGGCUACAUCCUGAAGUAUGACCAAAAACCAAAAGUUCAAGAUCAAAGAUUCUUGUCACGAUUCUUGUCUACAACAUGCACACAUCCCAUUCUUUGAAGCUGGCUUUUACUUGAAUGCUGCCUAAAAACUUUUUUGCUGGUUUGUUUCAAACCUGCUGAUUCUAGACAGAAGAAUUAGUCUAACUUGAACAACCGUAAACAGAAUCAUCACCAACCCUAAUUCUAACCCUAACCCUACACAGAAUCAUCCCUGUUGGCUAUUCUGUGUGCAUAAUAUCUCAAAGGGAACAGAUUCAAACACAUCUAUUUUUAUUUCCCCUCUGGCUCUUGAUGGACUCCAUAGUCUUAAGCACACAGGUAGCUCGAUUUACCACAAGUAUCACAUUAGACGACUUUGUAAAACCAGAAGAGAGAAAAGCUGCUUUCAGUGUACUUUUAUUUAUGUAUGUAUGUACAUUUCCUGUAAAGUAAACCAUCUAUCAUCAUGUUAUUUUUAUUUAUUAUGACUGUGGAGGAGUUUUUACUAAGAGCAGCGUUUGGGGUUUCAGUAGACUUUCAUGCUUGUUGUAUAAAGGAUUGUCAGUUGUACAGUAUUAAAUGAUGAUUUGCUCUUGGAUUUA